AUGGCUGCUUGUGAUGCCUUCAUCUCUAAAAUCUCUCACACACUGAUCUUUGUGCAGACUGGGUCUUUCCGUAUGGUGUCAGAGGAGGAGCAGGCCAUGCGGUCAAAGCUGGAGCAUUUGACAGUGAAGGAUCAUGGGCCGGUGUUUGGGCCGUGCCACAAACUGCCUGGCCACACUGUACAAAAGGCGAAGGAUGAGCUGAAUGAGACAGAUGAGAGGCGGGCGUCGUCACUGAAGGACCUGCGGGCCCUGAUGAAGGAGAGGGCAGCGGAGGGAGACGACCUGGCCAAGCUGGUGCUGGAACGCUUCGGGGACAAACCCGACUCUCUGCUGCUGCGUUUCCUCAGAGCUCGCAAGUUUGAUGUUGUCAGAGCCCAUGAGCUCAUGAAAGGUUAUUCUCGCUUCAGGAAGGAGUAUCCUGAGCUGUUUGAGAACCUGACCCCUGAGGCGGUCCGCAGCACCAUCGAGGCGGGCUACCCUGUGGUUCUGCCCAGCAGAGACAAGUACGGCCGCGUGGUCCUGCUCUUCAACAUCGAGAACUGGGACCUGGAGGAGAUUACAUUCGAUGAGAUCUUGAGAGCCUACUGUGUGAUCCUGGAGAAGUUGCUUGAGAAUGAAGAGACGCAGAUCAAUGGCUUUGUCCUGAUUGAGAACUUCAAGGGCUUCACCAUGCAGCACGCCUCAGGAAUUAAGCCGGCUGAGCUGAAGAAGAUGGUGGACAUGCUGCAGGACUCCUUCCCUGCUCGUUUCAAGGCAGUCCACGUAACCCACCAGCCCUGGUACUUCACCACCACAUAUAAUGUGGUCAAACCCUUCAUGAAGAGCAAACUGCUGGAGAGGGUCUUUGUUCACGGUGACGAGCUGGAUAACUACUUCAAAGAAUUCGAUGCAGACAUCCUGCCGGCAGACUUUGAUGGGAAGUCCCCCGUUGCUGACUGCCAGGCCAUCGCCACCAAGCUUUUUGGCUCUGAAGACACUGCUCUCUGA